AUGUAUUUACAUUUAAUAAGACCCAAUUUUACUUUUUUAUUUUACAACGAGCUUUUUGCCGAAGGAACGUUACCGACCCGGUGCCGUACCCUUUUAAAUACCGAAUCGGGCUUAAUAAUUAUGCACGGCAUUACGUUAUUAAAAUUAAACCCGAACGCUAGCAACUUAUUACGCAACCGUUUAAAAAACGACAAUAACAAAUUCGACCCCGCAAAUAUACGCAUGCUUAGCGCUUUUAACUUUAUGCUAUUUUGCAAAUAA